AUGUUAAGCUUUGAAGAAGUAGAUUUUGCCAAAACAGGUGCUGCGAAGGGAGGAGGUGCAACAACAAAUAUUAAAUAUGCUGGGCCAGCAGGGACAAACAUUAGCCUUGAUGAACGGACAGUUGACCCAGAUACACUUCCAACUGCAGCUACGACAAACAACCCUGAACCAAAUUCUCGAGGCAGUCAACACUCUGGUACAACAACAACAACCAGCAUUAAAAAGAACAGAAAAGAACAAUAG